AUGAAGUGGCUGGUGGGAGUCGCUCGUACUGGCUCUGACAGCGCCAGGGAGGAGGAGGAGACAAGCAGGCGACGGCUGCGGUCUGGCUUUGGGUCCUUCGCCACGCCAAGCGUGGAGGACCUGGUGCGUGUGCCGCCCUCGGAAUGGCCCGCAGAGCUGACUAAGGGCGCACCAGUGCCGCCAGACGUGUGCAUGUGCGUGCCCGGCUCGGACGGCAUGCGGGACCAGUUCAUGAUUGACUUUGAGCGCUGGGCCUUCCUCAACCACGGCGCGUUUGGUGCGUCGCUGCGCUGCGUGCUCAAGCACGCCCAGGCCUGGCGAGAGAAGCAAGAGGAGCAGCCCCUGCGGUUCUUCGACAGGCAGCUCCUCCCUGAGCUUGUGCGCACCAUCCACCGUAUGGCCUCGUUCAUGCAGGCGCAGCCAACAGACAUGGUGUUUGUGCCCAACGCCACGUCUGCCCUCAACACGGUCCUGCAGUCCAUGGCUCGCCGCUUCACCCCACGCGACAGCAUCCUCACCCUCGACAUCGCAUACGGCUCCGUCAAGAAGAUGGUGGACCACGUCGCGCAGCGCACGGGCGCCACACACGUGUCCUUGCGUGUACCCCUGCCGCUCAGCUCGCCCGCAGACAUCCUCGACCUCGUGCGCAACCACCUGUCGCAGUGCGCAGCAGACCAGCUGCCCACGCUGGCCGUGUUCGACCACAUCACCUCCAACACCGCGCUGCAGCUGCCCCUGACGGAGCUGGCCGAGCUUGUUGCACAGCACAGCCCCGGCACGCGCGUGCUUGUGGACGGCGCGCACGGCCUGGUGCAGGCGCACGUGGACAUGAGCGAGCUGCAGGCCGCUGGCGUGCACUACUAUGCGGCCAACUGCCACAAGUGGAUGUGCAGUGCAAAGAGCGUGGGCGUGCUGUGGGCCGGCCGGGACGAGGACAAGGCGGCCAUUGAGCCCAUGAUCAUCUCGCAUGGCCACGGACAAGGGUUCACCAGCGACUUUGUGUGGGACGGCUGCCGGGACUACGCGCCAACCCUGUCGCUGUGCACGGCGCUCGACUUCUGGGACGUGCAGGGCGUUGGGCGCAUGCGCGCAUACAGCCGCGGGCUUCUCGCCGAUGCCGCGGCAUUCCUCCGCGACGCCUGGGGAACAGGCGGCAUUGUUGCCUCCAAGGACCCGGCCAGUCACCUGGCCCUGCACGGCUGCAUGGCGCUUGUUGCGCUGCCGGCACACAAGGACGUCAGCCAUGCUGCUCUUGCCGCAACACGGCGUCACGUGCUAGAUGGAAGCACGGGCACUGGUGACGGUGGUGAUGAGGGUCAUGAGGGUGGCAGGGGUGAUGGCGCUGUUGACGGUGGAAGGGAUCAAAGCACAGACAAACCUUCGCAGCAGCAGCAGCAGCAGCAGCAACAGGAGGGUGCUGGUCCGCGGGUACAGAACUGGCUGUAUUCCAACGGCAUUGAAGUUCCCGUGAAGACCAUCAAUGGAGAGCUCUAUGUUCGCAUCUCUGCACACAUUUACAACAGAAUCGAGGACUAUCGCCCACUCGCAGACAUCAUCAACGCCCUCCCAGACCGGAAAUAG